CUGCCCCCCUAUCCCAAUCCCUCUUUACUUUGCUUCCUUCGCUGGCGACGGAGCUCAAAGACGUUCUUUAGCUUUUUCAAUUCAACUUGGGGAGCCUGACAACCCAUUGUCUAAUUUCAUUCAAAUUUGGUGGAAAAAAUAAUUAUUAGAAGUUUCACCUGUCGAGUCUGCUUCAAAAUACAAAGGUCCACAGAAAGGAUACUUUGAGAGGGUCGUUUAAAUGAGAUUGGAGAUGCUCCUGUCUUUGCUGCUGUGUGUCAUCUGUCCGCUCGUCCUACCGUCCUCCUCUACCCCCAGCCAAGCCUCAGAUGACUCCAGACUCCUACAGGUGACCAUCCCUACGACCCCUCCCUUAUCUGCCGUUUUGGGGGGCUCUCUUACCCUACCUUGCCUGGUGUCUCUGUCCCACCCGCCCCCCAACACGAAUGGCCGCCACGCCGUCCUCUCCCUACCCCGGGUCAAGUGGAGCGUGCUGUCCCAGGGGCACGAGACUGAGAUCCUGGUGGCCCGAGGGGACAGGGUGAAGGUCAGCGAGGCCUACAGGGACCGAGCCUCCCUGCUCCAUUACGCUUCCUCCCCGGCCGACCUCACCCUGAGGCUGGAUGGCCUGCAGUACAACGACUCUGGCUUCUACCGCUGUGAGGUGCAGCAGGGCCUGGAGGAUGCCGACGGUGUGGCUCAGGUCAAGGUCAAAGGGGUGGUGUUCCACUACCGGGAUGCUUCCAGUCGCUAUGCCUUUACCUUUGUGCAGGCCCGGGACGCCUGUGAGGAGAUCGGGGCUCACAUCGCCACCCCAGAGCAGCUCUUGGCAGCCUACCACAGUGGCUAUGAGCAGUGUGAUGCGGGCUGGCUCUCAGACCACUCAGUGAGAUAUCCCAUCCAGAUGCCACGAGAGGGAUGUUUUGGAGACAUGGACGGGCAUCCUGGAGUGAGGAACUAUGGGCUGCUGGAACCUGAUGAGCUGUACGAUGUAUACUGUUAUGUGGAGAAUAUAGAGGGGGAAGUGUUCCAUGGAUCUGCCCCCCGAAGUUUCACCCUAUGGGAAGCUAAGGCCUAUUGUCUGGCUCAGGGAGCGGAGCUGGCUACCACAGGUCAGCUGUAUGCAGCCUGGAAUGACGGACUGAACGCCUGCAGCCCGGGGUGGUUGGCUGAUGGGAGUGUACGCUACCCCAUCGUCACUCCCAGGGAGCGUUGUGGUGGAGGGGAGCCUGGGGUCAGGACUGUCUAUCGCCAUUUGAACCAGACAGGCUUUCCAGAGGCACACACUCGCCACGACACUUACUGCUUCCGUGGCAACAGCAACACUCACACCGAAUCUCCCCAUGAUUACCUGGCAACAGAGCCAGAGGACAUCGGCCAGGACAUUGUGACGCUGCCUGAGCCUCUGGAGGAAUUCAGCCUGGGUCAGGUGACGGAGCAGGUGGUGAGCGAAGAAGCUCAGGGCUCCCUGACUGCCGUCCCUGUUCCAGAGGAGCAGUACGCAACAGAGCAUAUAGAGGAGCAAGGGGCUGUCCCUGGAGAGCAGUACCCAGAGCAGAGGGCUGUCCCUGGAGAACAGUACCCAGAGCAGAGGGCUGUCCCUGGAGAACAGUACCCAGAGCAGGGGCUGUCCCUGGAGAACAGUACCCAGAGCAGAGGGCUGUCCCUGGAGAACAGUACCCAGAGCAGAGGGCUGUCCCUGGAGAACAGUACCCAGAGCAGGUGGCUGUCCCUAGAGAGCAGUACCCAGAGCAGGUGGCUGUCCCUGGGGAGCACGGAGAAGAACAGGGGGUUGUUCCUGGAGAACACGGAGAGGAGCAGGGGGCUGUUACUGAGGAGCAGUACCCAGACCAGCCUGGAGAGGAGCAGGGGGCUGUCGAUGGCCAGGGCCCUACUGUUGUCUAUCACGAGGAGCUACCCUUUCCGGUUGAACACCAAGACCCAUUCACCCCCACAUCCUUCCCCCAAGACCUGGAGCCCACAGAGGACACCUGGGCCGGUGAAAGAGGUCAGCAACCCAGAAUCAUAUCAGCCUGCCCCUGAGGAGACAAACUUAGACUCAAACUACCCAGUCUCACCCUAUGAUGAGCUGAAUGCAAACCCAACACUGUAUCCACUUUCUCCCGAGACAAAUUAUGAGUCAGGUGAUCUUACAACUGCUCAUGAAGACAACAUUAGUAGCCCCGAUCCCUACCAGCCCUUGUCAGAGUCAAACGUGGAAUCAGGAGAGCUCUCUAUAGAGGGUGUACCAGGGACUGCUCUGGAGGCCCCCGUGCCCACCACAGGGUAUGAGGAGGUGGACGGGUCCAGUGAUCCACAGCCCAUGCCUGGCACAACCCCUGAGAGUGGUGUGUCUCAGUAUGGUAUUUCAGAGGAAAGCCAUCUGCAAACAGGGAUCACCCAGGAGACCGAACACUACACUUUUACCUCUGAGACCGCAGGCUACAAUGUAUCAGGAGUUGAAGCCACUACUAGUCAUGACAGCUCUCCAGAGGAGCAACUGGAAAGUGGGCUGCCCACACCUCCUGAGGAGGACCACUCCGGAGAUGAGCAUGUCAUCCAGGAGCAUGUCACAGACACAGACUCGGUCUACCCAAGCACCUCUUACGACCUCUCAGGAGGGUCCAUCAGGCCUGAGGGAGCCAUCGCUGGGGGUGUUGAGGAGACAUCUGUAUCUUCCACUUCACCUCACGAGGAAACGGAGCUCUUCCCUGACCAGUCCACCACUCAGCCUCCAUACUGGGAGAACACACCUGAAUACCGCCGUACCAACUCUGUGGACCACAGUGCCAGUGUCCUUCUCCCUGAGGAGCAUACCACAUCACUGGACUCAUUGGUAAUCCAGACAGCGGAGAACGGUGGCUCUGCUACUGCUGAGUCAGGAGACCUGGCUACCCUAAGCCCAGUGGAGAUGGACCCCUAUGAACUGAUCCCUACCUCUGAAUAUGCUUUUGACCCCACUCAGGAGCAGUCUGGUGUCACGUCACCUGACUCCUCUACCCUAGAUGACCAUGUGGAGCAGAAGGCAGGAGGCACAGUGGACUCAUUAUCAGAAGUUUCCAUGGGCUCCACUGACCUAGGUUCAGUUCCAACUGACGAAGUCCUCACAGUUACUUAUGACACUGGCUCUAAUGAAGCCUCUGGGGUCCACGAGGGAAUGCUUGACGUUACCCUCUUGACAUCCCCCAAACCUAUAACCUAUUCCCCCCCGACCCAGCGUUCCGUGGAAGCAGAGGCCAGCUCCCCAGGUGACUUCAUAACCUUCAUCCCAGAAUCCAGCGUUCCAUCUGGGUUUGAUCCCCUGGAGGAAGGGCUGGAGAAGGUGGAGCCGCGAGAGGAAGGUCAGGAGGUGAGUGGAGAAGAGGAGAGUGGUCAGGAGGCGAGUGGAGAUGAGGAGAGUGGUCAGGAGGCGAGUGGAGACAAGGAGAGUGGUCAGGAGGCGAGUGGAGACGAGGAGAGUGGUCAGGAGGCGAGUGGAGACAAGGAGGUGGUCAGGAGGCGAGUGGAGACAAGGAGAGUGGCCAGGAGGCGAGUGGAGACGAGGAGAGUGGUCAGGAGGCGAUGGGAGAAGGAGAGUGGUCAGGAGCGAGUGGAACAAGGAGAGUGGUCAGGAGGCGAGUGGAGACAAGGGAGAGUGGCCAGGAGGCGAGUGUCAGGAGCGAGUGGAGAUGAGGAGAGUGGUCAGGAGGCGAGUGGAAACAAGGAGAGUGGCCAGGAGGCGAGUGGAGACGAGGAGAGUGGUCAGGAGGGAGUGGAGACGAGGAGAGUGGUCAGGAGGCGAGUGGAGACGAGGAGAGUGGUCAGGAGGCGAGUGGAGACGAGGAGAGUGGUCAGGAGGCGAGUGGAGACGAGGAGAGUGGUCAGGACGCGAGUGGAGACGAGGAGAGUGGCCAGGAGGCGAGUGGAGACGAGGAGAGUGGUCAGGAGGCGAGUGGAGACGAGGAGAGUGGUCAGGAGGCGAGUGGAGACGAGAAGAGUGGAGACAAGGAGAGUGGUCAGGAGCUGUCACUCCAUCAAUGGCACAACUGUCAAUGGCACAGAUGAAAGCGAGCCUGAGUCGAGCACAGAUGCGCCCUCUACUGACAUGGAGAUCACGCUGCUCCCUGACUUGUCCCAGACCCCGUGCCCUCACCCACCGUACCCCAGGAGUCCCGGGCCGAUGUACUACGACGGCAGCACCCCUAUAUCCAGAGGCGUUGAUGAGGAGAAACUGAUUACCACUCCUACUACUCCAAGAUUUGGGAACAUUUCAGAUGCCUGCCUAGAUAAUCCUUGUUCCAACGGGGGAACAUGUGUCGACAGUGGGUCUUCAACCAAGUGCCUUUGCUUGCCCACCUAUGGAGGAAACAUGUGCCAGACAGACCUGGAGGUGUGUGAGCCGGGUUGGGAAAGAGUUCAUGGGCUUCUGGUUACCAACAUUUCACCAAGCGUCAGGGCUGGGAGGUGGCAGAGAGCACUGUCGUUUGUGUGCGGUCACCUGAUCUCGGUCAUGACCCCUGAGGAACAGGACUACAUUAAUGUUUGCCCCACUGUAUGUGAACUAACAGUAUUACAACUCCUCUACUUCUUCAUCAUCCUUCCCAUCUUUCUCUGCCAGUUGUAUGAGAACUGGUACCGGGGCCAGCCGGACAGUUACUUCCUGUCUGGAGAGGACUGUGUGGUGAUGGUAUGGCAUGACGGGGGGCGCUGGAGCGAUGUGCCCUGUAACUACCACCUCUCCUACACCUGCAAGAAGGGCACCUCUUUCUGUGGCCAGCCCCCCGUCAUUGCCAACGCCAAGGUGUUUGGUAAGUCGCAUCUGCGCUACGAGACCAACUCCAAGGUGCGCUACUACUGUGAAGAAGGAUUCCUCCAGACACAGAACCCCGUCAUUAAGUGCCUAUCCAACGGSCAAUGGGAGGAGGCUUUGAUCAACUGUCACCCUGCCCUGACCAACUUAGCAGAGGGAGAGCAGAAGGUCACAACACCACCCUAUCAGAACGAGGGGGUGGAGGUGGUGGACACAGCCACGGAGAAAGCCACUUCAGAGUUCUGGGACAUCAAGUGGAACUAAUAAGCUCAUCAAACUCAAUAUMCCCCUUCCCUCUGCCCCCUUCCCUGGAAUCCUAUGUUCCACUCAAAGACUGUCCCUCCAACAAGUUGGAGCCUUGUAAAAUAAAUGUUCUCCCUGAGAAUGAGUCAUCACAUUCCUGUCACCAGCUCUCUCCAGAAUAAACCCAUUCAAAACAUCAACAGACUUGAUGUUACUCGGACCUAGUGCCGAUCGAUCACACUUACAAUAAGAGUACAUCCCAACAUAUGGCCACGAUUAGAGGUAAUGGAUCAAAUUUGCACAGUACAGUUUGUCAUUGGAAUGAGCUUUAACGAAGAUGUCCCAUCCAUCAUUGGGCUUGUUUGUUGUAUAAUGAUAUGUGAUUGUUGACUAGUGAAAUUCUUUGAUAUUCACCUGUGCUACGACACUGUUGGAUUACUGUAUUUGACUGCGAUUAACAUAUAUUUGACAUGUUUAUGAUGGUAUACAGUAAGAUUUUGAUGGAGAGUUUUAGUAAAGUGCAAUCUAAAUCUCAACCUCAGCUGGUCUGACAUUAACCGAAGCCACUUUCCCCACUCUCUGCCACCAAGACAGAAUUAAGAUGUCCACUUUCGUAUGCUUUUGUAUAAGAAAAUCUCRUUAUCAAUCCAUAUCUUCUCAAUUCCCACAACACAAAGCAUUUUCUCAACAUGUCCUCUUAUCUGGUGCUUUGUUUUUCAGGUGUCUUGCGAACUUUGGACCCAAAAUUAGAAGCCAAUAUCCACUUUUAAUGUACUUGGUUUGAAAAUAGCCAGAAUCCAAAGUUUUUUUUUUUAUACUCUCGUAAAAACGUAAUCACUAAGAUACUAGGAAGAACAUGUGAAAAUGUCCACAAUGGUAUUUCCGUUUUCAUGCAUCAAUGAUGUCAUUGUCUUAGUUCCAGUGGAAGUAAUACUGUACGUUGGUAGUGUUUAACAGUAAUCAAAUAAUGCUAAUUGUAAAUCCCAUUUGUGACUGCACAAUUGCAUAUUGAACUUGUUAUGAAAGAAAAAAUGUAAUUGUUAAACUAAUUAAAAAGGAGAUGGAUUAAAUGAAAAUAAGYAAAAUAUCGUUUUUGGAGAGUAGAAAAUACAUAUCUAAUAAAAUGAAUUGAUUACAAUGUA